CUUUCUGGGACCUGUCCCUGGAGUUUCCUGAGCGGUAUCACUGCAAUGGCAAGGAGAUGGCGUCUCAGUAUCCAUGUCUGCUGACAGAAAUGCUGGCCAAGUUUACAGAAACUGAAGCUUUGGAAGGAAAGAUAUAUGCAUGUGAUCAGUGCAACAGUGAGUAAAGGCACAAAACGAAGGAAGUUUUCGUCUAAACCAGUUAUACUCACAGAAGCUCAGAAGCAGCUUAUGGUGUGUCGACUACCUCAGGUUCUCAGAUUACACCUGAAACGGUUUAGGUGGUCAGGACGCAAUCAUCGUGAGAAGAUUGGCGUACAUGUUAAUUUUGAUCAAAUGCUGAACAUGGAGCCUUACUGCUGCAGAGAAUCCCUCAAGUCCCUCCUGCCCGACUGCUUUAUCUACGACUUGUCUGCUGUGGUGAUGCAUCACGGGAAGGGCUUUGGCUCAGGGCACUACACUGCCUACUGCUACAAUUCAGAAGGAGGGUUUUGGGUACACUGCAAUGAUUCGAAACUCAACAUGUGCACUAUGGAAGAAGUAUGCAAGGCUCAAGCCUACAUUUUGUUUUACAGCCAACGACUUACUCAGGCAAGUGGACGUGGUAAAAUACCGUGUCCCGGCACAGCUGACAGCCAGCAGCACACAGAGUUAGCUGACUGUUCCGUGGGGAGCAGCAGCAGCUAAUCCAAAGCCAGUUAACUGCGUGUAUGGUAAAAGUUCAAACUGUGUUUUGACAUAUGUCAAAACUAUAUAUUUUUAAAUGAAAUGAAAGUACAGCAUUGUACUUUUUUUACUUUGUGUACAAUGUUUAUAUACUUUUGUAUUAGUUAAAGUACUCUUCACAAUUGUUAGUGAAAGUUUUUAUUGACAGUAAGUAACUUUCUAAGUACCUAGAGUUUCAAUACAGCUAUUUUUUUUAAGAAAAAAGAUUGCUAUUUGCAUUUAACUCUUACCUCAGGCUGUUUUUUUAAGCUGGUUUUGUAUUUUGAUAAUCUUUUUGAAUUGGUUUAGAAAAAUGACUUUCAACCAAUGACAACC